UUUGAGGCUUUGAAAAAUCUUAUAGCACAAUCCUCUAUAUAAACUCUAGAGAAUCUGCUAGGAUAGUCACACAUACUAUUUAGUCCUACAAUCCCCCUUGAGUCAAAGAAGCACUUACUCAAAGUCCAAUUUCUUCUUAGUUUCAAAACAAAAAAUCAGUCUCUACGUUCUUUCUCACCUCUUUUGCAAAACCCAAAAAAAGAGGAAAAAAAAUGGAAGAAACCACUGUUCUAGUUGUAGGAGCAGGCCCUGCAGGACUUGGAAUUGCGGCAUGCUUAACCAAAAAAUUUAUUCCCUACAUUAUUCUUGAAAAAGAAGAUUGUUGCGCUUCUCUUUGGAAAAAACGCACAUACGAUCGAUGUCAUCUUCACCUAGCAAAAGAAUUUUGUUCAUUACCAUUGAAGCCUCAUACACCACAUGCCAAGAAAUACUUAGGUAAGGAUGAUUUCAUAGAUUACAUUGAUGAAUAUGUUUCUGCUUUUAAUAUAAGGCCUCGAUACUUUAACUCUGUUGAAUCUGCAUCCUUUGAUGAAGCCACGGGAAAAUGGCUAGUUGAAACCAAGAACACCUUACAAAAGGUGACUAUAGUUUUUGUGGCAAGGUUUUUGGUUAUUGCAACAGGUGAAAAUGGCAAAGGUUACGUUCCUGAUAUUCCUGGGUUGAAGGAUUUUAAGGGAGAUGUCUUACACUCUAGUGAAUAUAAGUCUGGUCGUGAGUUUCAAGACAAGAAUGUUUUGGUCGUUGGAUGUGGCAACUCUGGGAUGGAAAUUAGUUAUGAUCUAUGUAAUUCGGGAGCUGACACUUCAAUUGUUAUUAGAAAUCCGGUUCAUGUGGUUACAAGAGAAAUAGUUUUUGUGGGAAUGCACUUGUUGAAAUACUUUAGUUUGUCAAUUGUGGAUCCACUUAUCACUUUUUCUAGCAAAUUAAUGUAUGGAAACUUGUCAAAGUACGGAAUUCAUCGACCAAAUGAAGGCCCUUUUUUCUUGAAGGCAACCAGGGGAAGAAGCCCAGUUAUUGAUGUGGGAACUAUUGAUAAAAUUCAAUCGGGGGAAAUUAAGGUUUUACCAAGGAUUGUUAGUAUUAACAAGAGCAAAGUAAUAUUUGAAGAUAAAGUUGAACUAGAAUUUGAUGCAAUAAUAUUUGCGACUGGAUAUAAAAGCACGACUUGUGAAUGGCUUAAGGAUUAUGAUAGCAUACUAAAAGAUGAUGGGUUUCCAAAGAACCGUUUCCCAAAUCACUGGAAAGGAAAAAAUGGAUCGUACUGCAUCGGAUUAUCAAGAAUGGGACUACAAGGUGUAUCAAAGGAUGCUAUAGUCAUUGCUAAUGAUAUUGAUAUAGUUUUGAAAACUAUGGUAGUCCCAAAAGAAUUUUAAAAAAACUAUGUAUUGCUAGCGUUAAGUUUUGCGGAUGUUAAUUUUGUUUUUUUCCUUUUCCUUAAGGUUUAUGUUAUUGUACUAGCUAUUUUCCUUGAUAAAAAAAAAUGUUGUGCUAUUUACAUUUAGGUUUUACUUUGUGUAGACUUGUUCAUGCUCCUACAGUCCUACUUAUAUAGGGGCAAAUCUAUAUAUGU